AUGUCCUCACCCCUUCGGGGGAAGCCCCCGUCGCCCCGGGUGGAGAGCGUCCACUGCCGGGAGACGUCGACGGUGCGCGUGGAGACCUCGUCCCACCGCGUGGAGACGUCCUCCCGGCAGGUGCGGACCUCCUCCUGGCAGGCGGAGACCUCCGAGCGCCGCUGCGAGCGGCCCGCCCCCUCCUCUGGGAAGCGGCUCCCCCGCCUCCUCGAGGUAUCCUCGCAGCACGUGGAGACCUCCUCGCAGCGCACUGAAACGUCCUCCCGCCACGUACAGUCCUCGUCCCUGCGGGUGGAGACGGCUCUGCACCGCGUGGAGAGCCCGCCCCGGCGGGACAGGUCGGCAGCCCGCCAGAAUGUAAAAAUGGCCCGAUGA